AUGGCUCAACUCAUCCGCAGAGCCAAGUCUGGCAGCGACUGGACGGCCAACGAACUUGCUGCAUACAACAUCACAGUAGUCUUCCAAGACGCUGCCACCUUCUUCGAGACGCCGGAUCUCCCCCAGCCAGCUAUAAAUCCAAGCGUGCUCACCACUCUGGAUUACCGCGAUUCCCCCGACGACGACGCCUACAGGCUCCUAAGGAAUUUGGAUCUCGCUACGACUCAAGUGCCAGCGGAAGACUCUGCUGUCGACGAUUUUGCCGUGCUCCUGUUGCGUGCACUUGGCUAUGAACCGAGAGGAAGGGCUUUGAGGACCAGGAAAGACUUAAUCCCUCUCAUGUGUGGCGAGAACAGGCAUGCUAAAUCCGACGUGUGCCUGAUUGACGAAGAAGAAAUCGUAAUCCUUGUCCAGGAAGACAGGCGAUACAUAGCUCCAGAAGAUCCCGAAGCACAACUCAUCGCGGAGGCCAUCGCUGCGUUCACCGCAAACAAUCGGACGCGCGUGCAGAUCUUGGGUCUACCUCCCCUGCCAUCGAAGGUCAUCGCCGGCAUCACUAUGACGGGCACUUCGCCUAUCUUCCAUUUUCGGCGGAACUCGUGA